UCCUUCAUUCCGUUACACCAACUUUCGUCCCCGGCGAUGAAUUAAAGCAGGCGACACGCAGACGCGUUAACGCCGGGCGCUGUUAAGGUCGUGUCUUUAAAAAAUAAAGCCACGUCUCCUCGUAAGGUUGAAGUUAACAUGUUUCCCUGACUAGCAGGUUAGGGUCGAGGCUAGCUAACGUCAAUUCCUGCUAACUAGCCCAAGUAAUCAUCUUUGCGGAAGUGAAGUUAUAAUGCAAACGGACGUAAAGCCAAAAGACGACGCACCUCUGGGUGAGGGUGACUCCGCCGACCAGGGCGACUCGGAGUCGGCGUCCGACGCGGGACACGCCGCCACUCAGGACUGUUCUAACAUUAGCAACGGCGACGACGUGGAGGAGGAGGAAGGCGAGACGGUGGACUUGAAGAUCAUCUGGAACAAGAUCAAAUACGACCUGAAGAUCCCGCUGGAUAGCACCGGCGCUAAGCUGAAGGAGAGAAUCCACGCGCUCACCGGUCUUCCUCCGGCCAUGCAGAAGGUGAUGUACAAAGGCUUGCUUCCGGAAGACAAGACGCUACGGGAGAUAAAGGUCACCGGCGGUGCGAAGAUCAUGGUGGUGGGAUCCACCAUCAACGACGUGCUGGCGGUCAGCACGCCCAAAGAGGUCAUGCAGCAGGAAGUGAAAGCGGAGGAAAACAAGAAGGAGCCUCUAUGCAGACAAAAGCAACACAGGAAGGUGUUGGAUAAAGGUAAACCAGAGGACGUCAUGCCGGCUAUUAAAGGAACAAAAGAGCGACUACCGACAGUGCCUUUAUCCGGAAUGUACAACAAGUCCGGUGGGAAAGUAAGACUCACGUUCAAACUGGAGCAGGAUCAGCUCUGGAUCGGCACUAAAGAGAGGACAGAGAAGGUCCCGAUGGGCUCCAUUAAGAACGUGGUGUCCGAGCCCAUUGAAGAGCACGAGGACUAUCACAUGAUGGCGUUCCAGUUGGGUCCCACAGAAGCGUCUCAGUAUUGGGUCUAUUGGGUGCCUGCACAGUUCGUCGAUGCAAUCAAAGACACAGUCCUGGGAAAAUGGCAGUAUUUCUAAUGUGCCUCUUCAUUUUUUUCUUUUUUUUUUUUUUUUGACAAUGAACUGGGACACAAGCGCUGCCAUCAUGGAAGCGAGAGAGGGGUCGAGUCAACAGGACGCUUCAAGAAGACUUCUUUCUCGGAAUCUAUCUGAAGGAAACUUGACUGACGCCUGUGGACUUUUUUUUUUCUCCAAGAAAAAAAAAAUCUUGUUCUUUUUUUAAAAAAACAUGCACUACGUGGCGACGUAAACAUUUCUCAGCCCCGCCCCCCCAGUGAUCAUUGGUGGGUUUCAACACAUCCAAUCCAAGGGAAAAAAAAAACUCACAGUGAAACAGAAAUUGUACAGAAAUUGCUAACGCUUUUCUUCUGUUAUUCUUAAAGAAAUAAAAGUUAUUUAAUG